GUUCACAUGAAGGGGUGACCAAGUCAUGCCUCCCUUCUCCAACACACCUGAAUCAUCAGUGUUCAGCUCUGCAGAGAUCUGGUGACGAGACAUUCAUUUGAUUCAGGAGCUUCAUUCAGCAUAAUCAACUUCUCCAAUACUGCACAUGCGUACUGCUCCACUGAUUGUUGACAAGUGUGUGAUUUAAAAUGGCUUCCAGCGCCUGGUCCGAGAAAAUACUGCACCUCCUUCGCCGAAUGAACAAUUUUUAUUCAGCAGGUUCCUGUCGGUCCAGCUGCUUCAAGUUUGAGAUAGACGGAGUCCAGGUUGGCUGGAUUCCUUCUCAUGUAGCUUCACUGAUCACACGGCACACCGAUGUGUUCCUUCCACCACAGGAGGGCGCCGUUUCCCUCUGUCCCAGGCUUGACUGCUAUGAGAGGAGGUCAGAGGCGGUGAAUGAAGUUUUACAGACUCUCAGACAGGAGAGCUCUCUGACCUGCCUCAAAGGAUGGAGGGAUGAGAAGUACAGUGUGAAACCCAGGUUCUCUGAUCUGCCUCUGAUGUGGAUGGAACGAGCGGCUACAAGUCUUUUUGGUGUCAAAAGGUAUGGAGUUCAUGUCAAUGGAUACACUGUGAGUGACAGCAGGAAAGUUAGCAUGUGGCUAGCCCGACGGUCCAUUACCAAGCAGACGUAUCCUGGACUGCUGGACAACAUGGUGGCUGGCGGCCUGGCUGCUGGUGUUGGAAUCAAACACACUCUGAUCAAAGAGUGUGAGGAGGAAGCAUGUAUCCCAGCAGACAUUGCUGUGAAGGCCCAUCCUGUAUCAACAGUAAGCUACACUUAUGAGGACGAAGAGGGGGUAUUUGCAGAGAGCCAGUUUGUCUUUGAUUUAGAACUUCCACUGGACUUCAAGCCCUGCAUAGGAGAUGGAGAAGUUGAAAAAUUCUACCUGCUCCCGAUAGAGAAGGUGAAGGAACUGCUGGCCACUGAUGACUUCAAGCCCAACUCUGCCAUGGUCAUCCUAGACUUCCUUAUCCGACACUCGUUCAUCGAGCCGGACACAGAGCCAUAUUAUCAGGAACUUGUAACAGGACUCCAUCAGACUUUAUAGACAAGAAAUGCAAUUAUUAAAGCCAAACCCAGAGACCACCUUGGAUUCUGCGCAGUGGGCUGACUCUGGAAACUCGAAACUGAGUGUUUAUGGGAGUGGAUCACAUGACAGCAACAGACUGGGCACCAGAUUUGGGAUGGAUCCUGCUCAUCACCUGGAA